AUGUCGUCGUCGUUCUCAACUGAUUUCGACGCAUCAAACAUGUUGAAACCAUCUAGUUCUCAGAUGUUUGGUCCGAUUGAUAUCCAUUUGCCACGUAAAGAUUCGAGACAUCACCAUCAUCUUCGGAAUCUUCGAGCAAGGUUGGCACCCGAGAGACUUUGUUUUGGUACAAUGAAACCACAGACUGCUGCGUAUUUGAUUUGUAUUGCAGCACUUCAUGAAAUCACAUUUGGGACAAUUCUGGUGUUCGCAAGUGAUUACGGAGAGAAAGAGAGUUGGUAUCACAGUGCUCAAUGGCUCGUUAUUCUGACAUGUCGUCUUCUACAGUAUCCCUCUUGUCUAAUUGCUCUCUUUGGGAUCAGGAACAACAAUCCAGCAUUCAUUGUCCCAUUUAUGUUAUCACAGGUAUCCCUUGGAAGCUAUGCAGAUCUCCACACUUAUAUCCAAAUGGUCUCAAAGUGCUCAUCGUCAGCUCCACUUCCAACAACCUCUCCAAUUGUUCUCAUCGUUAUUCCAAUUUUAGUUUAUGCUGGUCUUCUCAUGUUUUUCAUUUAUAACAUGUAUAUGGUUGUCAAAUGUAUUACAGUAAUCCGAGGUGAUAGUGGAAGAGGUUUAGAUGGACCACAGCCAUCUGAGAGAUCAAUUAAUGAUGAUCUUUUCUUGUGA